UGGAUCAAGUUCACCACUGGAAGAAAAUUAAAUAUUAAGGAAUUCAACUUUGAGACUUUUUGUUUUGCGGCAUGGAGUGUGUAUACAUUAACGUCGGUGGGACAUUGUUUCAGACGAAACUCUCAACUCUUCAGAAAUACCCUGAUACACUGUUGGGUUCAAUAACAAAUUUAUCCGAAUUUUAUAAUAAGGAACAUGAACAGUUUUACUUUGAUAGAAAUCCAGAACUUUUUAAUACUGUGUUGGACUAUUAUAGAAAUGAUGUUAUUCAUCUUCCAACACAUUUAUGCGGAUGGUUAUGGAAGUCUGAAUUAGAGUUUUGGAAAAUUCCUUUAGCACACAUCUCAGAGUGUUGUUUCCAAACUUACGUCAAAUACGACGAGAAAGAGACUACAGCGACAAAGCUAAGAGAAAUGUUUGCGACAGCGUCAUUUGAAAAUUCCUACUCACCUUCUCCAUUUAAUAAAAUUCGACACAGAAUAUGGCAGUUCAUUGAUGAACCGGCUUCAUCCACGUAUGCUAGGGUAUUUAGCAUCAUUUUUCUCGUCACGGUGGUUGUUUCAGCAAUUAUACCAUGUCUACAAACACACCCAAACGUCCGGAUACAACGCUUCAACGAAACAACGAUAGACCAAUAUAUCCUGCUUAAUCCUGACACAUGGGUUAAUCCUGAUAAUCACAAGGAAGUCCUAUUACUGUCUACAUAUGAGCCGUCUUGGCUUUAUAAUUUGAACUUGUUUACCAUAGUUUUCUUCACAUUGGAAUCUAUUGUACGUUUCGUGUCGUGCCCAUCGAAAUGCAGGUUUUUCUUGGAAUGGUUAAAUGUUUUAGAUCUUUUCUUAAACAUAGUAAUGUGGUCCCGCUUUAUCAUCGCCCUGAGCAUUUCAGAUGUCAUAGCUGAGUCACAACAUGUAAUACUAGUGCAUUUUAUCAGUUUUUGUUCCGCAGCCUCUGUAUUGCGCUUACUUAAGUUUUUUAGGGUUGCAAAACAGUACAAUAGUUUGCGAAUAUUAUUUUUAGCAGUUAGAGCAAGUUUUAAGCAGUUAGGAUUACUUUUGCUGACAUUUAUGAUAAUUGCAUGGGUCUUUUCAAACAUAAUUUACUAUGCUGAAAUCAGACAGCCAGACACGUUCCCUAACAUGUUAGAUGGAUUGUGGUGGUCAAUGGUUACCAUGACUACAGUAGGUUACGGUGAUAUGUAUCCGAAAGGGCCAUUGGGGCGUGUCGUUGGAGCCACGUGUGCGAUGAUUGGCAUACUUGUUAUAGCUAUGCCAAUAGCAGUCAUUGCAGGGAAUUUUGAUGAUCUCCAUAAGACAAACAAUGAACGAGAAAGUUAUAACAGGAUUCAGAAAGAGAAGGAAACAGAAAGAAAAGAAUCAAUUAAUUCAGCACUUUCCAAAGAGAACAAAAUUGUUCCAUUCAUGAAGUCAAAAGAAGAAAAUAAUACGGAAAAUUUUCUAACUAUCAAAAUGUAAUAAAUUACCAUUUCAACAUGUUUAAAUAAAUGGCUCAUUAUUUA